GCGUAUUCACUUGCCACUGUUCCGAGAAACGCUCCGCAGCUAGGUUAAGCCAAUCCGAAAAAAUAGCUAGAUGAUAGUUCCGUUAAAAGUUCCUACGCGUUAGAGAUGUGGCCGUUGUCGGCGUUGGCGUUGUCGGCGCUGCUGGCGGUGUCGGCGCGCGAGCUGGACCCGGCGGCGUGCGCGGCGCGCUUCGACGUGCAGCGCGACAAGAUCAUCCGCACGGAGGAGUCGCGCGAGAUGGGCGCGCGCUACUUGGCCGAGCUGGACGUGGGCGCGCGCCAGGAGUGCCUGCGGCUCUGCUGCGAGACCGACGCCUGUGACGUCUUCGUCUACGAGGAGAAGAGCCCGGGCAGCUGCUACCUGUUCGCGUGCGGGCCGCCCGAGGACUUUCGCUGCAAGUUCACUGCGCACGGCAACUUCAGCAGCGGCGUGCUGGCCGUAGCCCGCCGCCGAGCCGAGCAGCAGGACCGGGCGCUGUUAGAACAACACGAGCGCGCGCUGGCUAGUCUCAGGUACAAGGUCACUGCGCACGGCAACUUCAGCAGCGGCGUGCUGGCCGUAGCCCGCCGCCGAGCCGAGCAGCAGGACCGAGCGCUGUUAGAACAACACGAGCGCGCGCUGGCUAGUCUCAGGUACAAGUUCACCGCACACGGGAACUUCAGCAGCGACGUGCUGGCCGUAGCUCGCCGCCGAGCCGAGCAGCAGGACCGAGCGCUGUUAGAACAACACGAGCGUGCGCUGGCUAGUCUCAGGUACAAGUUCACUGCGCACGGCAACUUCAGCAGCGGCGUGCUGGCCGUAGCCCGCCGCCGAGCCGAGCAGCAGGACCGAGCGCUGUUAGAACAACACGAGCGUGCGCUGGCUAGUCUCAGGUACAAGUUCACUGCGCACGGCAACUUCAGCAGCGGCGUGCUGGCCGUAGCCCGCAGCCGAGCCGAGCAGCAGGAGGCAAGCACGACGGCGAGCACAACGACGUCAACGACAACGCCGCCGCCGCCGCCCCCGCCCCCGCCGACGCCGCCACCGGCGCCGCACCUGCCGCCCCCGCGUCGUUGCAGCCGCUACCAGUUCGAGUGCCACACCGGCGGCGAGUGCAUUGCCGUGUACAACGCCUGCGACGGCGUCCCGCAGUGCGCCGACGGCAGCGACGAGGCUCCGGAGCUGGGCUGCCCCGCGCCGCCGACACGCGCGCCGACGCCGCCGCCGCCCACACAGAUACAGGACAUAAGCGUGGAGGUAGGCGGCGAGGGCGCGGCGGGUGAGCGCUGGCCGCACCGCCUCGCGCAGGCGCAGCCACACCGGUACAGCACCAACGAGGUGGGCGGGUCGCACAUCUUCAGCCACAAGGGCGGACUGCUGCAGCAGCCGCGAGAGGAGGCGCCGGCGCCGCCGUUCUACGAGCCGCAGCCCGCCUGGCCGAGAGCGCCGUGGCCGCAGCCACAGAAUGUGUUGGAUUCCGGCUGGGGCAGCUACGCUCGGCCGGAGUGGCCGGAGCCCGACCCGCGGCGCGCGUGGCCCGUGCCUCAACCUAGGCCCGAACCGGACAUUCCGGUGUACAUCCCAUCUAAGACGAUGCCGGAGCUACCGCUGGCGUACGGCGGGCAGCACACACUACGUGACGCGCCGAAGAAAGGGCCUCCGCCACCACCGCCGCCGACGCCGCCGACGCCGCCCACGCCGACACCGGCGACCGCGCCGCCGGCGCCCAAGGGGGAGCAGGAGAAUUUAUCCAAUAAGUCUGCUAAACAAGAGGCAAGUAUACGACUUGACUUAGUCCCUUCGCCGGCGGCGGCGAGCGGCGCGGGCGCCGACAUCGAGGUGCCACGCUACACGGCGGCCCACGCGCCGCACUUCCUGAGCGACGAGCGCGACGGGCUGAGCGACCACCCGCCUGCCGCCGUGCUUCUACUCGUGCUUGGUGUGCUAAUGACGGCUGCCAUGGCGGUAUUAGCGGGAUGCCGCGCGCGCGCGGCGCGGCGUCGGCUACGGCGCGGCAAGUCGCCCUUCGCUCACGACGCCGACUACCUCGUCAACGGCAUGUACCUGUAGGCGCCGCCACCGCCCAAGACGCCGGAAAAGUGAUGGUGGUCGUGACGAACUUUUUAGAAAAAGUAAUGAGAUCGAUUCACGAAGACCAAGUUGGUUUUUGCCUUGUUAACAAAACGUGAGCCGCACACGUUAAUAAGUUAUAGUGAGGGAAGUAGUGUCACC